CGUUUCUCCACACGCAUUCUGCCCGUCUCCGCAAUGGCGAACUACGCUUUCUCGUGGACGUCUCUGAGAGUGCCUUUCGAUGACCUACCAUGAGUCUACCACCACCGCCUAGGGCCCCCGUCGAAGACGACAAGAGCUUGCUCAGCGACAUCGAUGAUGUAGAACUGGACUCAACCUUUGUUCCCGGGAAGCCCGCAGCGAAGUCGGAGCAGGGUCAGUUGAGCGUUCCCUUCGCCGGCGGUAUUCGAGCACCAUCGCCGGAUACGCUGUCGAACAUCUCCAUUGACGACUUCAACAACAUUCGCAUUGGCCGGAACCCUGAUUACUUGCCCGUGCCUGGCGAAAGGCGGCAUGCGUCGCGCUCACCUGCCCCUCCACCCCGCACUUUGAAGGAGAAGGCUGCGCUUUUCUGGACGAGAAAUAAGGGCAUGGCGCUGGUUAUGAUAUCACAAGUCUUUGGCACCUUGAUGAAUGUAACGACAAGAUUGUUAGAGAUAGAAGGGAACCAUGGCAAGGGAAUGCAUCCAUUUCAGAUUCUGUUCGCACGUAUGAGCAUCACCGUAGUUCUUGCAUCAGGUUACAUGUGGUACACCAAAGCUGAGCAUUUCCCGCUGGGCUUGAAAGAAGUCCGACCUCUAUUAGUUGCUCGAGGUCUCGGAGGUUUUUUUGGAGUUUUCGGCAUGUACUACUCCCUCCUCUACCUCCCCCUCGCCGACGCAACCGUAAUCACCUUCCUCGCUCCCUCCCUUGCCUGCUGGGCCUGCUCAUACCUCAUAAACGAGCCCUUCACCCGCAUGGAACAAAUAGCCGCCUACGUCUCCCUCUUCGGCGUCGUCCUCAUCGCCCGCCCAACCUCCCUCUUCUCCUCUUCGUCUAGUACCCCACCCGCCAGCGGCGACGGCGACAUCGCCCCAAUCGCCAACCUAAACUCCACUGUCGACCCUACUCGCGACCACUUCGCCAGCAACUACGACUUUGUGACGCCUGGUCAACGUGCCGGCGCCGUCGGUGUUGCCAUGCUCGGCGUACUAGGCGCCACGUGUGCCUUCACCUCCCUACGCUGGAUCGGUCGGCGCGCGCACCCGCUGCUCAGCGUCAACUACUUCGCCGCGUGGACCACGAUAGUAAGCACUGUGAUGAUGUUCGCGCUGCCCAGCGUCGGUUUCCUGCUCCCGGCCGAUUUCAAAGAGUGGUGCUACCUAAUUUUCUUGGGAAUCUGUGGGUUUCUCAUGCAAUUCAUGCUUGCUGCAGGACUCCAGUAUGAGAAAUCGUCGCGCGCGACAAACAUGGUCUACACGCAGAUGCUCUUCGCGCUGGCCUUCGACAAGCUGGUUUGGGGCACGACGCCUAGCCCGGUCUCUCUUGCUGGCUCUUCUCUGAUUUUGGGUUCCGCGAUCUACGUUGCAAUGAUGAAAGACGGCACCGUGCACAAUGACGGCACGGGGAGAGGGAUAGUGAGGGAAAGGGGCGGUGGUGGAGAUGAGGAGGUGGGGCUUAUGAGUCCGAUGAUUGCGGGGGAGGUUGUUGGGGAGGGGGAUAUGCAGCUAAGGCCGCUGAGGAUAUGAGGGAGGUUUCUUUGGGAAUGUAAUUGAAGAUGUAUGGUUGUUGUGGGAGUGAAUAAGAUGGCGUGCUUUUGGGUUGAGCAUUUCCGGGGCAUUUAGAUAGGUAGACUGAAUAGGAA